AUGUCUGAUAAUUUGAAAAGAGCAGAGUCAUUAUUCAAUAGAAUAAUGAACCAGAAUAAUGCCGACUCCUCAUCAUCAGCAAGCUCGUCACCGUCUUCAACGCCAGUUCAAUCCAUUCAAUCAUCGUUUCCACCAAGGUCAAAGUUUCAUCAAAGUCAUCACAAUAGUAAUGCCAGUCAAAUGAGUAAUGAAACGAGUAAUAUCAAUAAUGAGCAAAAUCAGUUUCAACAACAGCAUCAUCAUUACCGAUCUGGUCAUGGUUCUCAUCAUCAUUAUAACCAUAACCAUAAUCACAAUCAUAAUCAACAAGGUUUUAGUGGGCAUGUGUCAUCACAAGAAUUGGCCAAGUUGCCCAAAUUGGAUGCUGCCAAAUUGACUGAAGAAGCAUUGGCCGAUGUGUCAGAAAAUGAACAUGUAUUGCCUUAUUGUUGGACUGUAUGGCACCAUUUCAGGAAUAAAAAGCAACAAAUGCAACUACAUCAACAACAACAGCAGCAGCAGCAGCAGCAGCAGGAACUAUCCACAGCUGAGUCUGCAACCACGGCUAAUACCACAACUGAUGGUGAUAACAAUACUGUUCUGCAACAGCAACAAGCAGGUGUUGAUUCUUAUUUGCAAACGACCCAUCAAUUACAAUUCACCAACUUGAACAAUACCUCAACUACAAUUUCACACAUUGCAUCAGUUGAGCAAAUGUGGACAAUGUUGACGUCGAUCAAGACUAGUUACAAUUUAAGCAUUGGUUCAGAAUUUCUUAUUUUCAAAAUUGGUGUUAAUCCAGUAUGGGAAGAUCCAUUGAAUGCCAAAGGAGGUCGUUGGAUUUUCAGAUUUAGUAGAAAAGCUCAAGAUUAUCAUCAUCAGAAUAAGAAAGAUGCAGAAGGCGCAUCUACAACUACGGCAAUUUCCUCGCAGCAGUCAGUUCAAAAAUUGAGGAAGAGAACAGCAUUGAUUUGGGAAAGGAUGGUUAUAAAAAUUUUGACGGGUAAUUUUAUACCUCUGACCCAUGCCUUUGAAAUUCAAAACGUAUUACAUAAUGACAUAUGUGGGAUUGUGUUGAGUGUACGUAAAGAAGAAGACAUAAUAUCAGUUUGGAACUCAAACUUGAAUUUCAAAAAGCAACUGCAACUGCAACAACAAAGCACAAGCUCAGCCGAAGGUAGUAUUAAGAAACCAUUGACUCCAUUCCAAGCAAGACGUAUCAUAUGUGAUGCGAUAUUGAGGGUGAUCAGAGAAUGUGACGACAUUUUACUGGGAGCUGAUUCUAUUACUACUGUUGAUAGUGGGUCCAAUGAACGUGUUGGAGGAGUUGGGUUUGAGUACAGGUUGCAUGUUGAAUCACCACUGAGUAGUGAGGGAAGAGGAGAGAGAAAAUCGAGGUAUGGAGGUGGUGGAAAGUAUACCAGACUGAACAAUAAUGGUGGUAAUGGUGGUAAUGGUAGUGCAACCACUAGUAGUAAUGUAAGUAAGGACUAA